AUGGCACUUUCAGGAAUGCUGAAGCAAGAGAACAUCUCCGCCGCUAUCCAGGCUUGUCAAUCUCCUGGAAGUUUCAACUACAAGUCAUUCUUUGAUCAAGUUGGACUGAAGGGUAAAAGCGGUUCAGAUGGGGAGAAGGUUUUUAAGGCUCUGGACCAAGACAAGAGUGGAUAUGAAAAAGAGGAGCUGAAACGCUUCCUCCAGAACUUCUGCUCAGGGGCCCGAGAGCUCAGCGAGGUAGAGACCAACUCUCUCCUGGCAGCCGGAGAUUGUGAUGGAGAUGGCAAAAUUGGGAUGGAAGAAUUCUGCGCUUUGCUGAAAUGA